GAUUUAUAGAAUUAACUAUAAAUCCAUUUAUUUUAGCCAGACUUAAAUAUAUUUUAUUUCUGAGGAUUUUUUCGGAAACACUAUUCCGGAAUCCUACCGGAAAUAAGUUGGCAAAUAGAAUAGCAUUUCCUUUUAUGACGAGGCAAUUUCGGGAGAACGGUGAGAUAACAGUCGAGACAACAUUUUAAUUUUUUAUAAGAUUCAGAAGCUACGGAAAAUAAGUUAAAUUGUAGAAAAAACAUGCCAAAAGAAAAAUCAACGAGGGCGAAAAAGAAGAAGGGAGGUGAAGUUAUGAGAAAGGGGCGAACAAAUAAAAAUGUGGAAGGACCAGUUGAAUUUCAAGAGCAGACGACAAUGGAGACAUCAACAAAUAAUGGAUUUGAGGGAGAAUUGGAUGUAUCACCGAGAGAUGAACCAUCGGGAUUCCGCAUGGAGAAUUCCAGGGAAACCAUUCGAGAACAACAGGUAUGGGUAGUGGGCUCAUCAAUAGUCAAAAGAGCAUUUUUAGCAGCUAGAAUCAGACCAGAUGGAGUUAACUUGGGACUAAUGGAUAGAUUAAAUGUGUCUAUUUGGUGGCAAGGAAAAGGGGGUAUGGGCUGGUAUGAAAUGUAAAACAAGAUCAAAACAUUGCUGAAAGUUGCUGACCCUCCUGAUUACAUUAUUCUACAUUGUGGUGGUAAUAAUAUUGGGUACACACCAAUCAAACAGCUUAUACAAGAUAUGAAAGGUACAAUUGACAAAAUUUGGAAACUUUUACCCAAUACAAAGCUUGUAUGGUCACAAAUAUUGCCUAGAAAGAACUGGUAUUCAUCAGAUAGCAUAGAAAAAAUGAAUAAUUCUGCAAAAAGAAUCAACAGUUCAGUGGCGGCUUAUAUAGUAAGGAAUGGGGGAUGUUAUAUCAAGUAUUUGGAUAUCAAACUUGUAAACACAAAUCUUUUUGAGGCAGAUGGGGUCCAUAUAUCAAAUAUAGGCAAUGAAAUUUUUCUCAACAACAUUAGUGCAGGGUUAGAACAAUUUAUAACGAAUGGAUGGCAAGUGUAUCCAAAGUUAUACUAGAAUUUGGACGGGGUAUUUUGUGGCAAGGUCUUGGCUCCAGGAACUAGCCGCUUUCCCCCCCCCCCCCCCCCCCCCCCCCCCCCCCCCCCUUGGUGGCGGUGGCUUCAAUGGUUAAUAUUGUAACCAUUUCCGCCAUGUGGAAGAAUGCGCGUCUGGUUCCUGUGAUUGGACAUUGAAUGAUUUGAUUGGACAAUAUUGUAUGUAUUGAAUUAUUUGGUGACAAUUUGGUCACAUAUAUAUAUGAUACACUUUGAUUGCCGCUCACCGGAAUCAUAGUCAUAUGGUUUUUUGUUUAAUUGAAAAUUGACAUUUUAAUGAUUGAUGUUUGGGGGUGAUUGCAAAUCGUCUCAUUGCCGUCAACCGGAAUGAGAAGAUCUGCUAAAUUUGUUGCUUGAUUUUAUGAUAUAACAUUAGGCAAUGAUGUGUUUUUGGCCUGUACCAUUUGGGUGUCAAUACACAGGUGUAAUUUACAUGGUAAAAUUUUAAUGUAAAACUUUAAAAUUUUACUCAUUGCCUAGUUGCCAAGACCAACAACAGCCACAAUGGGGAGGGGGGUGUUGUUAUAAAAUACAAUAAGUGCAAAAAAUAAACUUGUAUAUAGGUAAACAUAAUGUUAUGUCUUUAUUUCCAUCCCAGGACAAGGUCAGCUUACAAGUACAAUGUACACUACAAACUGCUAUCAUUUUGAAGUUUUGCAAGGCUGGUCUAUAAU